AUGGGCGCAGAAGAUAACUCGCAGAUUGAGGCCCAGCCUCAGCCUCAAAGCGAGUACACACUCAGAGCAAACCUGACCAUCCUCGGCGCCUUCACCGGACUCUUUUGCACAGUUGGUUUCUUGAAUUCGUUCGGUGUAUUCGAAACAUACUAUAUGCAGUACCAACUCGCCAACGAAACAGAAACUACUAUCGCAUGGAUCGGAGCCCUCAGUGUCUUCUUCAUUUUCUCCAUUUCGGUCAUAUCUGGUCCGUUGCUUGACUUCUUUGGCCCGGGGUUGAUGCUGUACGUGGGCUCCGUCGGAACCGUAUUCGCCAUGAUGAUGGCCUCUUUGUGCAAAGUGCUGUGGCAGUUUAUCCUUGCUCAGGGUAUCCUACUUGGCGUCUCGAUGGCGCUCCUGGUCACUCCCAUGCUCGCCCUUGUCGGCCAGCAUAUCAAAGUCAAACGCGCUGCUGCCAUGGGGAUUGUCAUCGCCGGUUCUUCUCUGGGAGGUGUCAUAUGGCCUAUCGUGAUUAGAGAAUUGCUGCAGAAGCCCAACAUCGGCUUUCCAUGGACCAUGCGGAUUUCAGGAUUUAUCAUGCUCCCUCUUCUCCUGAUCUCUUGUACCUGCUGUCGUCCCGCACCCGCGCCGCAGCCAACCAACGAAGAUCAAACAUCGUCGACUUCAAAAGAACCCAAAAAACUCCCAAAGACAGACUUCUCCAUCCUUAAACAACCCAAGAUGCAAUUAACCUGCCUGUCCUUCUUCAUCAUCUACUUUGGAAUGUUCUCUCCCUUUUUCUUUACCACGUCCUACGGUGUCAAGAUGGGGUUCUCGGACGACUUGUCCUUCUAUACCGUCUCGAUCGUUAACGGAGCAUCGUUCUUCGGCCGUAUCCUCCCCGGUAUCGUCGCAGAUAAAUAUGGAAAAUUCAAUAGCUGUAUCGUGGCUACUUCCUUCGCGGGAAUUAUUGCACUAUGCUGGACGAAGGCGACUUCUGUAGCGGGAUUGGUGGUUUGGUCUGCUGCUUAUGGGUUUGCGUCUGGGGGUAUCUUGUCUCUGCAACAAGCCUGCGCAGCCCAGGUUGCUACAUCUCAGACUCUCGGGCUGGCUAUCGGAGCUGUUAUGGGCUCUACUUCUUUAUCGGCAAUGGCUGGAAUUCCGAUCGGCGGCCAGCUGGCUGGGAAGUACGGAUACCUGGCGCUUUCAACCUACUCCGGAGUGAGUCUUCUAGUAGGCGCUGUUCUUCUAGUUAUUGCACGACUGGCGCAAAACCGGAGGUUGCUUGCUAUCGUCUAGCGCGCCCAAUUCUAGCUUGCGAUAAAUGAUCGAAAUAAGAUAAUGGAUAGCUUUGGCUUCGAUUGAGACACUCUUCAAAAAAUAAGUUCCCUAUAUACCAUAGAUCGAGUAUUCCCACAGACACUUUGAUAGCCACCGGAGCACUUCCAUCAUCUCGUAAACACCCUCGACCCUCACUGAAUCACGCAACCGGCCAGUCACGGAUUCUCCGCCUUGGGCGGAUAAGCCUUCCCCUCGCGCUCAACCUGCGGCGUACAUGUGCACCGC